AUGUCUCCCACUCUCUCCUUGAUUCUGGCGCUUGUGCCAGCUGUUCUCUCCCAGCAGAGUAAUUUGACGAGCUUCAGCCAGCAGCUGAAUUCGACGGGCCUCAAUGCCCUCGGUGGGCUCGUGGAGUCGCUCAAUCAGACCGAAGCGGGACGACAGGUGAUUGAUACAUUGGCUAGCAACAAUGUCUCGACAGUUUUUGCGCCAAGCAACGAUGCCUUGACGGCGUUCGCCACCGACUCUCAGGGUACAAACGCUUCGGACUUGGGCGCUAUCUUCUCAUAUCAUAUUCUUCCCGGUAACUACACCAAUAUGACGACGAACUACCCGAACGUGACGCUCGGACGCACGCUGCUGAACGGCUCGUCUUAUGUCAACAUGCCCGGGAACGCUAGCCAGGUCUUGAUAUGGUCGCGCUAUCCGGAAAAUGGGACACUUUUCGCCUUCAACAACGGCACGAAUGUUUCAGUGACGAACGCGUCCACCAUAGGUAACAUGGAGGUCUACGUCAUCGACCACGUGCUCCGCCCGCCGGGCAACAUGUCUGCGGUUCUGCAAGACCCGAGGAACGGCAUCACGAACCUCAGCGCGAUCAUCGCGUCGAUGGGUGCGAUGUCUGACAAUGGCGGUAAUGAAACCAGGGUGACUACCGACGUAGCGAACCUCGGACAGGUCCUCGACGAGACGCCAGGCAUAACCAUCUUCGCGCCGAGCGACGAAGCGAUGCAGAGGGCGAACAGCUCUUUGAACGGGCUCGCAAGUAACACGACGGCACUUAGUUCUCUCAUCGGAAAUCAUAUCGUAAACGGUAGCGCCCUCUACUCGACGCUCAUCACGCCGAACGCGAGCGGCGGCUACCUCGAGUUUACUACCGCAUCUGGCGAGCCCAUGCACCUUGCAUCGAACUCGUCCGGGCUGUACGUUCAGGUGAAUAGCUCCCCGCCCGCCCGUGUCGUGCGCACGGACCUGCUCGCGAGGAACGGCGUCGUCCAUGUCAUCGACAAUGUGCUGGUCGAUACGACGUCGGAUGUCAGCAAGGCGAGCUCUGCAUAUGAGUCAGCCACAUCUGCUGCGCGUACUGCUACCGCUGCUGCCGCUGGGCCCGUUACGGCUGCUCCUGGACAGGGGCAACCCGGCAGUGGGCAAAGCGGCUCGAGCGGUGGCGCUCAGAGUACCUAUGGCGUUUUACCGGGCUUGGGGAUUGGAGUACUGUUCCUCGCCGUCGGAUGGGCGUUGUGAGUGCCAAAAUAUGAUUGAUAGACUUUCGGACAAGCGUGGACUCGAAC